AUGUCUUACUUUUGUAAAAACAUUUUCAAUUAUUUACGACAAUAUCCAGUGAAAUAUCCGAUACCGAAGUUUACAACACAAUUGCCAUUCAAACGAAAUCCAUUGGAUAUAACUGUCGACACCGAGACACUGACCGACUGGUUGUACAGACAGUUCCCGACCAGUCAGAUGUCCGGCAAAAAUUAUAAUAAAAUACUGAAAGUGUCGACAAUAAUGAUAGCCUACUUCUAUCCGACGGUUACCUCUGCUGACAGAUAUUAUCAUUUGAUGCAAGACUUUAUAUUUAUGUUUCUGAUGGACGACAAUACCGAAGAGCCGUGGGGUCAGUAUAACUGUCAGCAAAUGGAUAAAUGCCGGCGGGUUUGGUCACAGCUGACCAGUGUGUUUGCAGUGGCCAGUGGUGGUUGUGGUGAUGGCCAACCAUCUGUCGAAACCACUGUCGACCAAAUGGAGCCAUUUAUUCGGCAAAUUAUACCAACAUUUCAGGAUUAUUAUCGGCAACUGAAUGACAAACAGUGGCAGCAAUUUGUCCGCUGGAGACUAGAGUUUGCCGACGCAAAUGUUAAGGAAACUGAAAUUACUAACAAAAACGGUCGGUUUGGACAGUUAGACAAAAAUUUACGGAUACGCCGGAUAACCGCUGGCCUAAAACCGGUAUUAUUGGGUAUUAUCUAUGGAACAGCCAGUGAAGUACCGGAGCCCAGUUGGUCUAAUCCACAAUUGAUACGGCUGUUAGACCUGAUUAACGAUUACUGUAUUUAUGUAAACGAUAUAUUUUCGUUUGAAAAAGAGUUACUAGCAGUUAGUAUAGCUAUGUCCACGACUACUACUACGACUACUACUACCAGCACCGGCAGCACCUGUUCACUAUCAUCGGCACCCGAUGCUGAUUGUAAGGCAGCUAUGGGCCAAAUGUACAACACUGUGGCCACGACUGCCGUUGACCUGAAAUGUUCAAUACAGACGGCACAGACUAUUGUUGUCGAAACGAUUAAACAAUUGGAGCAACAAAUCAUACAACUGGUCCACAACUGGACUUCCGAUGACAACAACAACGAUGGCACUGAUGCUGAUGAUGACGGCAAUGGUGGUAAUGGUGGUGGUGGCCAACAGUUUUCAUCACUGACUACCGGUGGCCAACAAUUUGUACGGGCAUUACUCUAUAUACCCGGCGGUAACUAUCGGGCGCAUAUCGGGUGCGACCGAUACAGAAUGGGUUGUGUUUUAAAUGACAAACAAAUUAUUUAA